AGAGAGAGAGAGAGAGAGGGAAAGACAGAGCUACGACAGGAUAUUUUGUCACUAUGGUUACUGGCAGCAGAUACGGAUCUUGAUUUUUGUGUGUCAUGCUGUUCUCGUUCAGGACUGUGCGGUUGUAGCGCUGGCAGGACAGCCCUUAUAAUUAACCUUGGCAUGAGAAGUGACAUGUUUUGUGGAUCAAUGUGACUUCAAAUCUGCCGAAUCUGUGAGGUAUCUUCCAUCUGUGAGUUACUGCUUCGUAAAAUAUCAAGAUGGGUUCUACUGCUGCACCUGUGACCUUCACCCUCUCAUCCACCAACAAUGACUCUAAUAAGCUGACCUGUGACACCUUAUAUGCCCACCGGAACUAUGCUAGGGUCCUCAUGCCUCUUUUCUACUGCAUUGUGUUCUUUGUGGGGCUGUUCGGUAACUGCCUCGCCCUCCACGUUAUCCGGCCCAAUCUGAAGAAGAUCAACUCCACCACCUUGUACUCUCUCAACCUGGUCAUCUCUGACAUCCUCUUCACCCUCUCUCUGCCGGCGAGGAUUGUCUACUAUGCUCUGGGCUUCCACUGGCCUCUGGGAGAGGCGGUGUGCAAGAUCUCGGGCCUCAUCUUCUACAUCAACACCUACGCUGGGGUCAAUUUCAUGACCUGUCUUAGUGUGGACCGUUUCAUCGCUGUGGUGCUGCCUCUGCGCUUUGCCCGAUUCAGGAAGGUCAGUAACGUGCGCUACAUAUGUGUUGGUGUGUGGCUGCUGGUCCUAGCGCAGACUCUCCCCCUUGUCGGUAUGCCUAUGACCAACAAGGAACCCGACGGCUUCAUCACCUGUAUGGAAUACCCCAACUUUGAGAAGGUUGACCACAUUGCCACGAUACUGAUCGGUGCUGUCUUCCUUGGUUAUGUCGUGCCUGUGGUGACCAUCCUCGUGUGUUACUCUGUCUUAUGCUCCAAACUCCACUUCACAGCCAAGACCAACCAUUUGACAGAAAAGUCCGGCCGGAGCCGCAAGGCCAUCGGCGUGAUCUGCUGUGUAUCAGUAGUGUUUAUCGUCUGUUUCAGCCCCUAUCACAUUGACAUCCUGCAGUACAUGAUCCGCAAGCUGGCGUCGACCCCCAGCUGUGCCGAUCUAACAGCCUUUCAGGUAUCGCUGCACAUCACCGUGUGUCUGAUGAACCUCAACUCCUGUUUGGAUCCUUUCAUCUACUUCUUUGCCUGUAAAGGCUACAAGAGGAAACUGCGCAAGCUGCUGAAGCUCCAGGUGAGCAUGUCCUUCUCCAGCGCGGCGAGGACAUCACCUGAGGGCUCCUCUAAGGAUGUUAUUGACGGCAACAAGAUCCAGCUCAACAGUUCUACUGCAGGUACAAUCACUGAGAGACUCACAGACAGGAGAUAUUACCGGGAUGAGUAAAUGAGAAAACUGAGGCGCCAAGACUUACACCAAGAUGAGAGGACCUUUGACAUGUGGGCCUUUUUUAAUGAACACCAGUCACACAGUGUCUCAAACAAAUUGGUCUGGACAUUAAAAUGGACUCAACUGUAUCAUCAGGGAUUCUAGAAGCUACUCACCAUCUGGAUCCAUUGAAAAACAGCUAUUUUGAAUGCAAAGAUUUGUUUACAGAAGUUUUUUAAAAGAACGAAUGUUUGCGUAUUUUCUUAUUAGAGUUGGUGAAUUUCUCAGGAAAGCAGAGAAUACUGCAGCUAAGGAAAGAAAGGAGGAUACUCUUUCCAGAAAGCCAGCUUGCCUCCUGUAGACUGAGCAUUGAUCAGAAAGAGCAUGAAGCAGAGCAUGUUCGAAGUGGACUGUUUCGUUAACAUACCCACAUUCAACUUUCUACAGACUGGAAAAAGUAGUGAAAGCUCAGCUCAUGUACAGAAUGUUAAGUGUGAAGAGUAAACUCACCUGAAGAAACUUUUUGAAAGCAGCAACAUAAUAUCUGCAACUAGACAACGACCUCCAGUCCUCAGUUACUUGUAAGGCAGAAGUUUCAUUCCAAAAUGAAGUCAGACUCAGGUUUUCGCCUCAAGUGUCAGCUCAGCACACAGCUGUAUUAUCUCAGGAAACUGUCUACCAACGGAAUUAACCUUAAUUGGUUGGAAGAGAACCACAUUUGUUUGUUUCAACAUUGAUUUCCUCAUGUUAAAAGUGGGUGUGGCCCAUGAUGUCAUUUAAUUUAAAGGGGCCAUGUUGAGUUUUUUUUUAUAAACAUACAGCAGUUGUGUUUACAUUCAGUGUUAUUCAUUGUAAUGCAAUCUGGAUAUUUUUGAGGUCUUAUAAAUGGGAUAAGUGCAUUUCAUUCCUCAUUAAACAUUUGCAAAGCCAGUUCUAAUUACUUUGGAUUCAGCAUUAUUUACAUCCAUGUCUGCCAGCUCACAGACAUCGUCUUCCUUGCCUUUGCUGGUGCGAUGCUGCAUAUAUUGGCGUCUUAUCGCCUGUUGUUGACCGGUGGAAUUGUGUGACAUCAUUUGUAGGACUGUGUGUGCACAAGAUAAACAAGACAGAGACCCGCUCAGAGACCCAGAGGAAAUAAGGAGCAACAGAAUAAAUCAGCAGGAGUUCUUUUGCUGCGAUUCUCAGAGGUUUCUCAACUCUACGAACAGAUAUAAUACAGACAAGAAUUUGAUCACUGAGACCUUUCGCGGUGGCAUGAUACAUGAGCAGUCGCAAUUAUUGUGUAACAGCAUCCAGCGGUGUCAGGGGGAAAAGCAGCCGGUCAACAACCCAAGUUAAGGGGGCAGACGUUCAAGUGGGGUGGGUGGGAGCGGUGGUGGAUGGGUCCAACAACCAGCAACAUUCACUCGUGACACUGGUGUUUGCUUCCUGUGUGAUUGUAAAGCCAGACCCUGCUAUAUUUUACAAAACCCAAACAUGUGCUUUUGUGCCUUAACCCAACCACGUGCUUGCGUUAGCUAAAUGUGACUAUGUACAUUUGUUGUUGAAGGAAAAAAACGUCACUUUGCAGUGUUGCACCGACAAAGUGCUUUUAUUUUGAAACAAACUGUAAAUUUCCUGUGAAAUCAUAAGUGUAUUUUGAAAACAGACAAUGCAUGUAAAUGGACCUGCUGAGAACCACACAUCCAAACAAUUGGACACUACGCUUCCUUGGGAGUGUACGUGUCAUUUGCUGAGAGCUAGCUAUUUAGGACUACGCCAUUUCCUGGAAUAAAAGCCUUCAUUACAAAA